AUCAGUUCUGGCCUGGUAAAUAUCCUUAUCUGUAUCGGGGUGCCUUCUUGUUUCCUCAAGAACUGGGGAAGAUCCUGACUUGGCCCUCAGGAAACAAAUAUGGAAACUAAGGCUUCAAAGUGCCACGUUCACUACUCAUUUUGUAGACAGAACGCGUUUGUUUCUGCUCUCACUGACUCCCGGAUAACAGCAGGGUAACCCUAGAUAAUACCCAGGGAGUGGCAGGUCCCCUGAGCCACCGUCUCCGCAAACACGGAUUCCGAUGGGGUCAACCCAAACGCGGAAACGGAUGACUGACAAGUUGGAACACUUUCUCUCUGACCCUAUUGGACAAAUAUCAUUUAGCCACGCCUCCAUCAGUGGGAGUCAGUGGGCGUGGUUUGGGAUUCCCUUAGGGUAAAGUGCUGCAUGUCCUUGGGCAAAGAGGGGAGGUGACUCGAGCUGCUGAGGACGCAAAAUGAGGGCCUUACGUAAGGUCUCCCAGGCUCUGGUCCGGUCUUUUAGCUUAUCUCCCAGGAGCCACUUAGAAAACCGUGUGGCAGAGAAGCAGAAGCUCUUCCAGGCCGACAAUGACCUCCCAGUACACUUGAAGGGCGGAGGAAUGGACAACAUCCUGUACAGACUGACAAUGACCCUGACGCUGGGGGGCACUGCAUACUCUUUAUACUGCUUGGGCUGGGCGUCCUUCCCCCACAAGAAGUGAUACCAAGAAGCUCAGAGGACUUUGACAACUGUCAAUAAAUAUGAGAACCCAACCCA